AUUACUCUCCAUUGCGUUGGGCUGGUUAGCCACAGGCACAUUUGGUUCUCAAAGCAUCACCUACCGGGAACGGAAUAGGUUGGAAGAGAGAAAGAGAAGCAGUGCGUGAAGAGAGUCGAAGAUGGCAUAUGCUACUAUGUCUUCACGCUGCUGGACAGCGUCGUUCGCUUUCGCAACUCUAGCCGUGAUCUGCACACAGGAUGUGACAGCAGAUUCCGAUAGACCAUAUUUACUCCUUCCAAAUUUUGUGACAAACUGUAACAACUCCGAUGGAACUCAAUCCACCUGGUUUGCAGUAUUUAGUACAAGCCCCUUCGUCGGGCUGUUCAAUACGAACAGUCCUGAAUCAGCUGUUGAUACGUGCCAAAGAUAUGGGUUUGAUGUGAUGGACUAUGACCAGUACAAGAACCCGGGGUUCGGCGUGGAAUCCUGCGUUUCCAGCCUCCUGGACAGGUUGUUUAGCAUAAGGGGGGAAAUAGUGUCACCAGUCUAUUGGGCCCGGCGAUCUGGGAAUGUGUUGAUGCGCCAGGAUUACUCACAAGAAAGCAGUGGCGUAGCCUACACUGGCCACAUUCCUCCCACUAUAAUCUGCUCAGGCAGUUGGACAACGGUGCCCUAUCAAAAGUAUUACCUAUCAACACUUCAGAAUGGACUGCGUGUGAAGUACAAUGCAGCAAGGCGAGCCUGCGCUUUUUACGGCAAACGUCUCAUGUCUGAGAAUGACAUCCCCGCAUCACAAUUGACUAACCUUCGACAGAAUGUGUUUGCACAUCUUCAAGUUAAAUCUGGUGCAUAUUUCCUUGAAGGCGGCGCGAAGAUCUUGGCACAGAACUACCGGGGGCAAACUAGUGAAUUGAUCAUGCAGAUUUUCAAUCUCUACCCUCAGUCCGAGAAGCAAAUAUUAUGCAUUCAGAUCUGCGAGCAUGGGUACAUCGUCAAGGGGCGCUGCAUCUGCCAAGCAGGGUACAUUGGAGAAACGUGUGAGAAGAAGAAGAGUUCAGAUCUCCUCGCAAAAUUGCACAAGGAAGGACUUUGGAAGGUGAAAGUAGGACGAGCACAAUCUGGCCCCUACUCACUCGCUACGUUGCCAAGGGGCGUGAAAGUCUCCUACGAAUUUGCAGGCGACGCCUGCGCAUACAUCAACCACACCCUUCUGACCCCGCAGGAGCUAGCCGCCGCUUUCCAGUACGACGCAACACUCCGAGCAAGCCUCGAUGAUCUCCUGGUGCCUGGGGUUGGUCUAGACCACCUGUAUAUCCUCGCCGGAGGGCAAGUCAAAGCUUAUUAUAAACCUAUAUCCGGACCAUCGUAUGUAAUAUUUCUUACCACCGUUACAGGAGAAGAAGGGUAUUCGGUCCUGUGUGGAAGAGGCAACUUUGCAGCUCUCACGCAGGCUCAUUGAGAAUCUAGGUUGGUAGCAUCACAAGAAUGAUAAUGGUGGAGCAGGCAGGACGAAAUGAGUAUUUUCCGCAUGCACUGCUUUACGUCCUUCUUCGCGUGAACAAUUGGACGCUCUCUUAAACCUACCCCUGUCUAAGAAUGCAUCUAUAUGUUGCUGUUUCUUUGUUUUCUUCGUGUUUUCACAAUAAAAUUACUAUUGCGAUAGUCGGUUGCCCACCAACGUCGAGCCAUGGCUUUUCGGGACAACUUCCCAGUCUGUUUGCGUAUCUUCAAAUUUCCGUCCCUUCACCUGCCGGAGCCCAGUUGUGGAAUCCUCUGCCUAUUCUAA